AUGUCAGCAGACGACUCACCCUCGAUUACUGAAAUUAUCAGACAAUUGAGAGAGUCAGUUUUAAAACGGAUACCCAGAGACCACAAACAACACCAUGCUACCGAAACCAGUCUCACAAACCUAUACUUACGACCAGACACCAAAUGGGGUUUCGUCAUCGUCCGCGCAGCCUAUAGUCCUUCCAAUGAUAAGCUGUGGGCCCAGUUUCUCGAAAUCUUUCGCGCCCAUGUUGAAGAGACCUUGGAAGUGCACGAUGAACUGGACCUGUUCCCGCGCCAUGAGUUUACAAUUAUUGAAGACGGAGCAACACUUGGUAGCGCAGAUUCGUACGCCGCACGCCGCGCAUUUCGCGCGUGGGUAGCCAAUGACCUACCCCAACAGCUUCGCGAUGAGUGCCUGGAAGAACUAGGCGGAUUCGCGCAGGAGCGCGAAGAAGUAGAGGUGCCCAAAAGGAAAUUCACUAGGGACUGGGAGGGCGGCGAGACGAAUGAUGAUACCGAAGAAGUUGGGUGGAUGUACAUGGAAACGUCAGAUUAUGUUGACAUGUACGACCGUUUGACUGAUGAAUUCGCUUGGCACGAGCAUUACCAGUGGCCGCACAGAAACUGGAUCGAGAAUUCUAGUCAAUAUGUUAACUGGGGCCGAUGAUGGGAGAAGGGGAGUGCCAAUGUAAUUAAACAAGCGAUUGGAUUUGCAGAUAGUCGGCGUGUGUGUAUCAAGG